CGAGGGAUCUAAUUUGCACUUGUUAGGUUAUACGUUUGAUGUCACGUUGGUCGUAAUUUUCCAAGCAUUUACAUAAAUUUAUCAACGAUGGUAUCUUCAUAAUUGUCAUUGGUUUUCUUCCUGGAAAAAGCGACUCUAAGAUAUGGACUUUGUUGCUAUAAAGCGUGGAAGAAAUCGGAAAAAAAGGAGUCAUUUGAAAAAACGUCGUCGUGAACAAAAAUUUGAGGUUAAGACUGCAAAACGUUGGGGAUUUAUUUCGGAUCGUAGUAAUAUUUUUAUUGCCAGAGAGAAAUUAAUUGCAAACAAUACGAUGCAAGCUAAUUCUUUUUGGGAAAAUUACACAGUUGCUCAAGAGUGGCAGAAAAGGCAUAGCGUAACUUGGUGGAGAACUCGUUGCAUAGCAUUGGAACGUGAAAAUCAAAUAUUAAGAGAUACAUUAAAGUCUCUGGUAUGUCAUGGUAGUCAACAGUGUUCUUUAAACGAACAAAAGAAAAAGGAAUACGAGUCUAAGAACGUAGAAAAUAAUUUGGAAGAAACAACAUCUAACGAAGAAAUUGAAAAUUUAGAAUUUCAUGUAAACGAAGAAAUGAUGAGCUUUUUAGAGCAAAGUAUGAGACAUAAAUACGAAUUGCAGAAAUUAAAGGAAUCUGAAAUAUGUAUGAAAAAGGAGAAGGAGGAUGAAGAAUGUACGAAUAUACAAGGUGGAGCUGCAUGGAUACAGACAAGAAACACUAAUGCAGAACUAUUAUACGGUGAAGCUAGUCCUACGAUAUUAGCAAUGGAAACUGCUCUCCAAACUACAGUCGAUAGACACAAAGAUAAAGCAAAACCUCAGUAUUGGCCAGUUAUUCCUUUAAAAUCAUAAAUUCUAAGAUGAUAUAUUAUUUUUAGUUCAAAUAUAUUUAAAUAUCUAUUUUGUAACAAUGAAAUAUGACAUUUUUUUUUAUAUUAUUUACACUUCUUAAUGUAUCACUUAUCCAGGGAUGUAUUAUCCUUUGUACACUUUACCGACGAGAGAUGACGCUGUGUACCCCUUUCUGAUCAGUGUGCGUGCGUGUGCGCUCGCGUGUGUAUGUACGUGCAUCCUGUCGUCUCU